UCAAUACCUUUGUAAAACUAAAACAAUGAUUUGGUCUCUAGUUCAACCUUCCCUCUACUGUGUCUCCCAAUUUUCUUCAUCCAAACAAACUCAUACCUUUCUUCUUAACACACCAAACCCACUUUCAAGGUUUGCAAGAGUCAAGUCAAAACCAAGAUGCACUUCAACUUGCUUUUUCAAUGCCGGAAAAGACUCUAAGCCCAGAAAUAGUCAAGCCAACGAAACUAAAUUGGACUGGCCAGUGCUUAAGCGAUGGGACGUGCCAUGGGGGUGGCAGACAGCUUCGCUAACCUCACUUGCCUGUGGAUUAAGUUUCGUGUUGACAGGAUUGGUAGAGACAACUGCUAUACCUUAUUUAGGACUUAAAAUUGAAGAACUAAGUUUGGAUGAGAAGGCAGAGAUUCUGUUUCUGGAUCAAGGCAUUACAACUGCAGUUGUGCUUGCAGUUCUGUACGGCAUUUCAAACUCUUUUAAACCGCUUCCUGAAGAUUUUUUCCAAUAUGAUUUGAGGGAACCUUUCAAUCUACAGAAAGGAUGGCUCUUAUGGGCAGGGAUUGGUCUUGGCGGUGCCAUUUUAGCUAUUGCAUUAACAGGAGCUGCCAUGUCCUUGUUUAAUGGUGAGAACGCCCCACAACGAGAGAUGGAUGCUCUUGUUCAGUUACUUCCAUUGAUUGGAUCUUCAAGUAUUAGUACUGCUUGCUUGGUGGGCAUAACAGGUGCCUUGGCGCCUCUUCUUGAGGAGAAUAUCUUUCGAGGGUUUCUUAUGGUGUCCCUGACUAAGUGGGUUCCUACACCUAUUGCCGUUAUCAUCAGUGCUGCUGUCUUUGCACUUGCACAUCUCACUCCGGGAGAGUUUCCCCAGCUGUUUGUGCUAGGGACUGCUUUAGGAUUUUCAUACGCUCAAACUCGCAACCUUCUAACCCCCAUCACGAUCCAUGCUUUCUGGAACUCUGGAGUAAUUUUUCUUCUUACCUUUCUUCAGCUUCAAGGAUAUGAUCUCAAGGAAUUGUUGCAGGCAGCCUCAUAAGGUCACAAUUCUUCAUUUUGUGAUAGUAUGCAGCUUCAUAUGCUUUUUUUUAGUAAUAGUCCCAGUGUAUCCUUUUUUUUCUAAUCUCCAUAAUACAUUUUAGAGUUUCAUACAAAAAGUGCAGAAAACAAAAUGAUUAAAGAAUAUCAAUAUGUAAAAUUAAUUAGUGAAUUCUUACAAUGAAAGUGCAGGGAGAAAGAAGAUGGGUUCUUUGGCAGAGUUUUGUCGGUUAAUGAUUUUUUCUUUGGAGCUAUGUUGCUCUCCUGUUGAUUUACACGAUAAUUUUACUGUACUUUCUAGGCAAGUUUU